GACAAAAACAUACAAAAAUAAAUCAAUAAUAGCCUCACAGUUAUCAAAUUUAAGCAGAUAAAUGAUCGUGGCUUGCAGGUAAUGAAAACCCAGAAUAAAGUUUCUAAGAAAACAAAUCAAUAAAGAAAGAUUUUAAAGUAAUGAAUAUUCCCAGUGUUUGGUAUCCAUACAUAGUGAUAUAAAGUUUAGUGGAAGGAUUGCUGAAGUGCUUUAAUGUUUAUGUUUUCACUUUGCUUGACAGGUCAGCAAACUUGAAUGACCUAAACCUAAGAGGUAAUCCGAGAGUAAUCUUCAGCAUCGGUAUGGGACGACGAAGGAUUCUCCCUUACGAAGUUUUAUCAGAGGAAAGAUGGAGAAAGGACGCCAACAAAGGGAGAAAAAAAAAACAUGCUGACAAGAAUUCUGAAAACUUCAACCAGCUUUACAAUGAAAACAGGGUGAAACAUUUGAUUUGGGCAGAAACUGUUUACAGUUAUAGUUGCACUUUCUACUUCCCCACCCCUCAACCCAGCCACCUUCUUCUAGCCCACACACUGCUGUGUUAGUGUGCCAAUAGUUUUUUUGGAUCAAAAUGUGCUGUUUGAUGCUCUGAACCAGGAGGCAAAGGAGCGAAAUGCAGAUCUGGUGGGCUCCACUUCAAAACGCCGUGCAGACCACGACCGUACUGCAGGAGGGCUCUGCAAGCUGCAAUGAUCCCAUUCGACACAGAAGAGAAGAAGGUUACAGCUGGGGCGUGGUUUUCUGAUAUCUCACUGAACUAUCUGCCGUCUCUUCGGCGUUCAGUAAAUACCAAAGAGAAGCUUCAACGGCUAUCGUUGCCUGGAAAAGGUUAAAAAUGGACCAAAGAGUGAUACAAGUUCUGUUGCUUUUAUUUCUUUGUCCACAAAUCCAUUCUGCUGUUAAAACAGUAGAAGAGGGACAGUCAGAGAAAGUCAAGUGUACGCUUCCUGCGAAGGGGACGAUUGUGUUCUGGUUUAGAGUUGUGGAGGACCAAGGCAUGGAAUUCAUCGGGUCUUUUGCCAAUACUGGUGCAGAAAAAGCAACUGGACCCAACUACAAAAAGAACCUCAUUGUAGACAAGCAAAGUGAUGACUUUGUUUUAACGGUGAAGUCCUUCAACAAGAAAAGUGACAGUGGAAUGUACACCUGUGCUGUUCUUGUCAGCGGAAAUACGCUCUCAUUUGGACAAGUAACUCAGCUUCAAGGACCAAUUGCAACAACAACAAAACCACCAGUAAUCCAGGUCUCCACCACCAGGCAGACGACAACAACUCCGACCAGCUGUCAUUGUAACAAUAAGGAUAAGUCAGCAGGUCCUUCCCUGUUUUGUGCUCCGAUCAUACUGGGCCCGCUGGCCGGAGGCUGCGGCCUUCUUCUUCUGCUCCUCAUCAUCAGCAUUUUAUACUGCAACAAAAUAAGGACUCGGAGAUGCCCUCAUCAUUACAAAAGAAAGCCGAGGAUGAUGGCUCCUGAGAAACAACUGGCCGAUCGGUACGUCUGAAACGGAUGUAGUGACUUUGUGUGCAGUUUUUCAAAGUGCGGCUAUAUUUCCCCCUUUAUGUUUGUCACAAAAAAUUGUUUUUAGUAAUAGCUUGUAAAAUACAAAAGUAAUAAUCUGACAUGUCAGAAGAAAAAAAAUUGUUUGUGUGCCAGAAAACAUUUAGUGACCGAAGCGGUUCCCUGUUUUGAAUACAGAGAGAAGUUUGGUUAAUUAUUAGUUAUGUCAAAUUUAUUAUUAUGGACAUGAAGUUUUUAACUGAGAUGCAGAUUAAUGUCGGAAAACAAUGUGCUGCCGUGUUUGCAUUUUUUUAUUAUGUCAUGUGACUGUAAACUUGCCCAAUUCUAAUUGUUGCUGAUGUAACUAAAGACGAAACUGAGAAUAUAUUAUUAUUGUUUAUAUCCCAAACUAAUCUUGUAACUGUAUAUACAUAUUUUUUUCUCCUUUACUUUGCUCACAUUUACAGUACUUCGAUCUGCAUUUCCUCUUGAACUGAGAUCAAACUUUGCCGUCACACUUUAGCUUCCUGUUUGUGCUUCAAGCUUUUUUAUAACCACAGUUCGAUUGUUCAGCUGAAAUAUAACGUGCUUCUGGGACGUGUGUUUUCUUUGUUUAAUACCUCAUUUGGGCAGCCAACCUAAUAAUAAAGAAGAACAAAAUCUGAAAUCUUAA